CUAGCUAUGUGCAUACAUGCAUUUUAUUUUAUUCUUUGAAUAAAACUAUAGUCCUUUCCAAAAAAAGUGUUUUAGGAAGGUUAGUAAAAAUAUAAGCUUUAUUCGUGGACAUAGUGGACUGGUGAGAAACGUUUAAAGGUGCACUAGUCAACCAGUUAAAAUAAAAUAAAAUAAAAAAGCUUUAAAUCUGAACUGUUACUAUUUUCAUUAAUAAUGAAAACAAACAAUAGUGAAGAAAAAGUAAUUUAAAAAAAACUCCAGACGUUAUUCUGUACCUCAUAUUGCUUUAUACAUUUAACAAUAUUUUUAAAAUGAGUGCAAUAUGGACGGUUAAUCAACAUCCAGUUACAUGUUACAUCCGGUUUCCUGUUAGAAUUAUAUAAAUGUAUCAGUAUGUUUUAAUUUUAAAAUAUCAAUACUAGACCCUGUAAAGAUUUAUAUGUACCACAUGUGUCUGUUUCCUUUUGUCCAAACAUGAUCUUCUCGGGAGCGUUUACGUGAUCAGUUGUAUCUUUUCUUGUUUUUUUUUUUUUUUUGAGAUGAAAUCCUAGAAACUCCUAUAAUUUAAUUUACCUUUCAGUAAAUAAGCAAAACUUCACCUUCAGCAUGUUUACAGUUUGGCAAACUCAAAGCCAUGAAGACUGCUUGGGUUAAAUGGGUUAAUUAUCAAUGACUAAACUGACUUCAUUAUCCACAGCAGUGUCUGUGUGCUAAUCCAUAGAGAUUAUUGAUGGAUAUUCGUUAACCCCUGCUGGGUUCUGGUAUGCAGUAUGGAUGUUCAGACAGCUCCUGAAUUAUAUUGUUCAGAUAAUAAGGCAUAUCAGUAUCAGGAGGGUGGGGAAAGAGAAAAUAGAAGUUGGGUGGCCCCUCCCCAAACCCUGCUGCUGUGUGAGAUAAGGCCUUGACUCAUUUACAUACACACACACACCUCUGCUAUAGAAAGGAGUCGACAGAGAGACCGAUUCAAUGCCUGAAAAUACACAAAUGGCCGAGGACAAAAGCCCUGAGAAGAGCUCGGAGAGUGGUGAUGCUGGGAAGAAGAAAAAGAAGCCAAAAAAGGACAAGGGCCAAACAUGGGUUAGGGAGGGACCACCGGACCCUUUUAAAGUGUUGGAUGCCCUCCCUGAACAGAAGCAGCAGGAGAUCCAGAAAGCACUGCACCUCUUCUCUCUGAGCCAGGGUGCACCCAAGAGCCUGAAAGAAGCCAACAGGCACAGUUUCCGCUUCUGGAACAGCCAGCCAGUCACUAAGAUAGGAGAGGAAGUGACAUCACAUGGACCCAUACAGUCAGAGAAACCCAAAAUUCGACAGGAGUGCUAUUCUCUCCCUGAAGGCUUCUGCUGGGACACGGUGGAUCUAGAAAACCCAGAGCAGCUGGGGGAGUUGUGUACGUUGCUUAAUGAAAACUACACCGAAGAGGAUGACAACACACUUCGCUUCCACUACUCCCCCGAGUUCGUGCUAUGGGCUCUGUGUCCCCCUGGUUGGCAGCCUGAGUGGUACUGUGGAGUGCGAGUGGACUCUAACAAAAAAUUAGUGGGCUUCAUUAGUGCUGUCCCUUCCACGGUUAAAAUAUACGACAUAGAGAAGAAGAUGGUGGAGGUAAACUUCCUGUGUGUGCAUAAGAAGCUGCGCUCCAAGCGUAUGGCUCCAGUCCUUAUCCGUGAGAUCACCAGACGGGUCCUGCAGCAGGGCUUAUACCAGGCCAUCUACAGUGCCAAUGUUGUGUUACCAACUCCUGUGACAAGCUGCAGGUACUGGCAUCGAUCCCUGAACCCACGUAAGUUGAUUGAGCUAAAUUUCUCAACUCUUCCACCCCACAUGACCCUGAAGCGUGUACUCAAGCUGAACCGACUGCCUGAGAUGACCAAGACUGCUGGCCUACGCCUCAUGACUUUGGCUGAUGUACCCAAAGUUCAGGAUCUUCUGAGACAGUAUCUAAAAGACUUCCAACUCCUCCCCAUAUUAAACAAGGAAGAGACCCAGCACUGGUUCCUGCCCAGAGAUGGUAUCAUUGAUACAUAUGUAGUCGAGGGUUUCGGUGGUGUACUAACUGAUAUGGUUAGUUUCUAUACCUUGUCUUCGACUGUUUUGAACCACCUUAGCUAUCGAAGCCUGAAGGCAGCAUACGCUCUUUACACAGUCACCACUGCUACCCCACUACAGCAGCUCAUGGAGGAUGUCCUCGUCAUAGCAAAAGCAAGGGGAUUUGAUGUGUUCACUGCCCUGGACGUUAUGAGAAAUAAGGCAUUUCUGGAACCUCUGAAGUUUACGCAAGGAGACAACACUAUGCAUUACUACCUUUACAACUGGACAUGCCCUAACAUAACCCCAGAUAAGGUCGGCAUGGUGCUCAAAUAAUAUCUUCAGAGCCACCAAAGGAGAGAUGGUACCAGUGAAUGCUUUUGCUACUGUAAUCUUUAUUAAACGGAUCACCUCAAAUUAUAUCGAGAUACAUGUACGCAGUUCAAGAGGUGGAUGUCUGGGAAGCUGGUUCAAUGGUGGCAGCCGGGAUGGAUCAAAAGAUACAUAUUAUAGGAGUUUGUUAACAUGUAAACAAUAAAAUAUGAAUAACAUGUGAAUGACAUCUAUUACAAUAAUUUGAUUACUAACAUAUCAAGUCAAUGGGAAACUAAUGAAAAUAUGCAUACCAUCGUAAUUUGUUCUUGGGGGGUACUUUAAAAGUUAAGACAUACAGUAUAGCCUCUCAUCACCUAUCAUCAAUGGAAAUGAGAUUACAGUAACAUUUAUUUCUAAAGUUUAUUAUUAAAUCAUGUAGAUUUAUUUAUUAGUCUCUACAGUGGAUAUACAGUACAAAUUCACAGUUGUUUUGUGAAUAAAGUCGCAAAUGAAGAUAAAUAAUGCCAGAUAUUUUCCCCACAUUUGUAAAUAGAGAAUUUGAAGAAAUAAUAAACGUAAUAAUAAUUUUAUAAAACACUGUAGUUACAUAAAUGUCCACACCAUUUGAAUGAUUUACUCUAUAUUUACUCUAUAUUUCUAAGGUGACAUUAACGAUGGCAAACUGUAUAACAUGGAUUAUCUUGGCAGUGUGGUGGCAUAGCAUUAACGCCUCACAGCUUCAGGGUCCCUGGUUUGAUCUGGGGUCA